CAAAAACUAGUAAAAAAAUGGCAAACUGAAAAAAACAAAGACCAGAGCCAUGGUGUUAAAAGUCCACCUGCUAGACUUCUCUUUCUCAGAUCAUUCACAAACCAGAAAACUACUCUGCACACUGUUCAUCGCUUUCAUAUACUCCGAUCCUCAGAUGAUGAUGACUGGAGCAAGCCAUAAGAUUGCACCUGAUGAGUUUCAUCAUAUUCCUCGUGUUAUCACUCCUUUUCCUGCUCCUAAACUCUCCCACUUACCUAUGUUUCAAGGUGAGCAUAAAGAAAGCUUGUAUUGGGGAACUUAUCGUCCACAGGUCUAUUUUGGAGUUCGUGCCAGAACUCCUCAGUCUCUUGUUGCUGGCUUGAUGUGGCUCGGUGAUGAAAAAGAUGAUGAUGGGAAGCAUGUGAUGAGGCAUUUCUGUGAAAACUCUCAAAAUCUUACGUCAUUUGGCUGGAGAGAACACAAUGGUAUAGACUUUGGGAGGCAAGAGCUUCUUGAUCAAGAUAUGAUAUUGGAGACAAGUUUUGUCAAGUCUAAAGAGGGAAGCCUUGGUUAUGGAGGGGAUUGGUCUGUUCGAAUCAAUCUUAUAAACAAAGGGUUGAAUGAUGAAGUAAAGAGAACCGUACAUCUCUUCUUCUAUCUAGCUGAUGAAGGUGGCAAUGUUCUAAACUUAGGAAAAAAUGUAUUGGAUCUUAAAGAGAGCUCUCUCCUGGCUUCUGGUUCACGUGCAGACGUACGGAAAUGGCAGAUGCACUUAAAAUCAGAGGCUCAUGUUGAAACACAUUAUUGCGGUUUCAAGACGCCUGACAUUGUCAAUCUGUCUCAUGCUGUUCAGAAAAAUCUCGCUGUACAGGAAAACAAAUCUGGAAGACUUCAGCUCUCUGACACAUCAGAGGAUUCUUCCAGCAUUUAUGUUUUUCAGAUUUCAACAACGACUCAGUCUACUAUUGAUAUUGCCUUUGUCUCUGGGAUAAGAGGAGAAAGUUCUGACGUGGAACAGCGUAUAAUGAGUCUUACAGGUUCACCACUCUCUGGUCUACUUGAAGAGAAACAUAUAGCAUUUGAUGCAAAGUUCAAGGAAUGCUUCCACCUUUCUGAAAAGCUUGAUUCUGAAACUUUGAUGGUUGGUAAAGCUGCAAUUGGGAACAUGCUUGGUGGCAUUGGUUACUUCUAUGGUCAAUCAAAAAUUCAGGCUCCUACAAGUACUCAGCUGCAGGCUAAAAGUGAGGAUGAGUUCUUGCUAUAUUGGCCAGCUGAAUUGUACACAGCAGUUCCAAGCCGGCCAGUAUUUCCUAGAGGAUUUUUGUGGGACGAAGGUUUCCAUCAACUGUUGGUCUGGUUAGUUGUUAUGUUACUUAUGUAUCGAUCAUUCAAUAGGCUGAACUUGAUAUGUUCCUUUAAGGAUUGUUCUUAUGUGGGAUAUGGUUUCAGGCGCUGGGAUUUCCGUAUAACCUUGGAGAUCCUUGGAAACUGGUUAGACUUGAUGAACAUAGAUGGAUGGAUACCGCGUGAGCAAAUCUUGGGAGAUGAAGCUCUGAGUAAGAUUCCAAAGCAGUACGUUGUCCAGAUCCCAAGUAAUGGCAAUCCACCUACACUACUUUUGGUGAUACGCGACCUGAUAAAUGGGAUAAGGGCAGAGAAAUUUAACAAGGAAGAAAGAGAUGAAAUAUUGUCAUUCCUUGACCUAGCUUUUGUACGGCUAGAUGCAUGGUUUCAAUGGUUCAAUACCUCCCAGAAAGGGAAGGAGAUGGGAAGUUACUAUUGGCAUGGCAGAGACAGUUUAACAAAUCGGGAACUAAACCCUCAGUCUCUUUCCUCGGGUUUUGAUGAUUAUCCGCGGGCUUCACACCCAACUGAAGAUGAGAGGCAUGUAGACCUCAGGUGCUGGAUGUAUCUUGCAGCAGAUUGCAUGAACUCCAUCAUAGAGUUUCUUGGGGAAAAAGGCAGACCUGUAACGGUGGAUUACAGCUCAACUGUCAAGCUGCUCUCAGAUUUUAAUCUCCUGAAUCAGAUGCACUAUGACCAUGAUCUUGGGGCUUAUCUCGACUUUGGUAAUCAUACAGAAGAUGUUCUGUUAGUCUGGAAAGAGGUAACUGGAGAGGAUGGUCGUGUAUCACGAGAGCUUGUAAGGGAGACGUUUGGGAAGCCAGAGCUAAGAUUGGUUCCUCACAUCGGUUACGUCAGCUUCUUUCCCUUCAUGUUUAGAAUCAUCCCUCCUGCUUCUUCAAUCCUCGAGAAACAACUCGAUCUCAUUUCAAACAGGGGCAUCGUAUGGAGUGACUAUGGAUUACUUUCACUUGGCAAAAGUAGUUCUUUGUACAUGAAGUAUAACACUGAGCACGAAGCUCCAUAUUGGAGAGGUGCAAUAUGGAUGAACAUGAACUAGAUGAUUCUUUCUUCCCUGCACCAUUACUCUAUAGUGGAUGGACCGUACAUGGACAAGGCAAGAACCAUUUACGAGGAACUAAGGAGCAACCUGAUAAGGAACGUGGUUAGAAACUAUGAUGAGACUGGAUAUAUCUGGGAACACUACGACCAAACAAAAGGAACUGGAGAAGGUGGACGUGUCUUCACCGGCUGGUCUGCUCUUAUCCUCUUAAUCAUGUCCGAAGAGUACCCUCUAUUUUAGGAAACCGAAUUUGAUUUCCAACCUUUGUAACUUUGAGCUUCAUAUCUUACCACGCAUGUUUGUGAAACAAAAUAAGGAUAUCUCUUCCAAAGACUUUAAUCAAAAUAAUUCACAUGAUUUUAUUAA